AUGUCCGGUGACAAUCCCUACAGCUCACAAAACGCAAGAAAGCGCAUGAGAAUGCGCGCAGAGAUCGCGCAUAUUGAUAGGCGGUGGCACGACUUCGGACAAGUGCUGGCAAGAUACAAAAGCCAUGGCAUCGACACUGCCCUGGAACUGAAGAGGAUAGAAGAUGAAGAGACCGAGAUCCUCGAGGCGGAGAUUUACGAUCUUAUGAAGCGCGAUCUUCCGAGGUUUGACUACCUCUGGAACGGGUCUUUCGAGCGGCACCGCUGCAGCCCAGAAGAUAACGGCGCGAUUGAAGUCAUCGAACAGUACAUGCGCGUUUGGAUGUAUCUGGAGCUUGAGGCCCGAAGUAUACCGGGACGUUGGUACACCGAAAAGCAGCUCACUCGUAGGCUGCUCUACAUGUUGCAAGACUACCGUCACCGACAGAUUGCCUCGACAACUCUGCUCUAUGACGAUCUCCGCACCGUGUUUGGCGGUUAUCUCCAACCGCUCAAUAGGGAUGUGGUGUCAUGGCUGCUCACGAAUCCAGCGUCUCCCCUGACACUACACCGCAAGAUGCGUCUAGUGUCAGAGAUAGAGCGUUUCUACGAGCGGGUAAUGACAAUCUCGAAUGACCCUGCUGUGCCGAUGGAGGCGCGUUACAGGAUGGCCAACUUCUCGGCUUUCUUCGGCGUAGCUUUUAUCUUGCCUCCAGAAUACGGGUUCGAUGUUGUCCCUCUUGUAAGGAUGUGGGCGAGAACGGUCGAGGGUAUGGUGGAUGCGGGGGAGAUGAAUAGUAUGAGGCUCUCGAUGAGCGCUACGAUGUGGCUUCAUGAGAGGCGGCCGGGGAGCAACUCGAAGAUGGCGGGUCGGAUAUUGCCACCUCCGGAAAUGAGCUACUAG